UGCGGGGAGGGCGGGCGGUGCUGCAUGUGCCACAGAUCUCCCAGGGCACCCAGAGAUCAUGCAGGGCUGGGACUCCGCACAGGGUCAGAUCUGUGCAAGGACUCUGAGAGGUGUCAGAUCUUGUGCCCUGACCCUUUUUCCAGGUUUGGGAGCAGCAGUGCCACAGUGGGGGCUCCUUCACCCUGCUUGCAACCUUGGUGCGCUUGUGCUCACUGUGCCUGUGGAUGCUGCCCGUCUCCAACCCCAUCCCCAACUCCAACCCCAUCCCCAAAGGGUCCGCACGACUCUCCCUAGGCUGUCUCCAUCCCUCACACCCUGUCUCCCCCCAGGGGACCCCGCGGCAGAGGAGUGGUCGCAGUGGAGUGUCUGCUCACUGACAUGUGGGCAGGGCUCCCAGGUGCGGACGCGCUCCUGUGUCUCCUCUCCGUACGGGACGCUGUGCAGCGGGUUGCUGCGGGAGACACGUACCUGCAACAACACGGCCACCUGCCCAGUUCACGGUGCCUGGGAGGACUGGUCCCCGUGGAGCCUGUGCUCGGUGACCUGCGGGCGAGGGGCCAGGACCAGGACACGGCGGUGCGUGGCCCCGCAGCACGGAGGGAAAGCCUGCGAGGGCCCCGAGCUGCAGGCCAAGCCCUGCAGUAUCGCGACCUGCCUGGUGGAAGGGCAGUGGUUGGAGUGGGGCGCCUGGAGCCGCUGCUCCGUCACCUGCGCCAAUGGCACGCAGCAGCGCACGCGCAAGUGCAGCGUCUCAGCCCACGGCUGGGCGGAGUGCCGGGGAGCCCACGCCGAUGCCCGCGAGUGCUCCAACCCCAUGUGUCCCACCGACAGCAAGUGGGGCCCCUGGAACCACUGGAGCCUCUGCUCCAAGACGUGCGACACGGGCUGGCAGCGCCGCUUCCGCAUGUGUGAGGGCACCGGCGUGCAGGGCUACCCCUGCGAGGGCACGGGCGAGGAGGUGAAGACCUGCAAUGAGAAGAAGUGCCCAGCCUACCACGAGAUGUGCAAGGACGAGUACGUCAUGCUGAUGACCUGGAAGAAAACCGCUGCGGGGGACAUCAUCUACAACAAGUGUCCUCCCAAUGCCACAGGGUCCGCCAGCCGCCGGUGCCUGCUGAACCCCCACGGGGUUGCGUACUGGGGUGUGCCCAGCUUCGCCCGCUGCAUCUCCCACGAGUAUCGAUACUUGCAUCUCUCACUGCGGGAGCACCUGGCCAAGGGGCAGCGAGUGCUGGCGGGUGAAGGCAUGUCGCAGGUGGUGCGCAGCCUGCUGGAGCUGAUGGCCCGCAAGACCUACUACAGUGGGGACCUGCUCUUCUCCGUUGAGAUCCUGCGCAACGUCACCGACACCUUCAAGAGAGCCACCUACAUCCCGUCCUCUGAGGACGUGCAGCGCUUCUUCCAGGUGGUGAGCUACAUGGUUGAUGCAGAGAACAGGGACAAGUGGGAGGAUGCACAGCAGGUCUCUCCUGGCUCCGUGCACCUGAUGAAGGUGGUGGAGGACUUCAUCCACCUGGUGGGGGAUGCACUGAAGGCGUUCCAGAGCUCGCUCAUUGUCACCGACAACCUGGUGAUCAGCAUCCAGCGUGAGCCCGUCUCUGCCGUGUCCAGCGACAUCAACUUCCCCAUGAAGGGCCGUCGGGGCAUGAAGGACUGGGCACGCAGCUCUGAGGACAAACUCUUCAUCCCCAGGGAGGUGCUGAGCCUCGCCUCUGCCGAGCUGGAUGAGUCGUCCCACUUUGUCAUCGGGGCCGUGCUGUACCGCACGCUGGGACUCAUCCUGCCGCCCCCCAGGACCCCACUGGCCGUCACCUCCAAAGUGCUGAUGGUGACGGUGCGCCCACCCACCAGGCCCUCCGAGCCCCUCGUGCUGGUGGAGCUCUCCCACAUCAUCAAUGGCACAUCCCACCCGCAGUGCGUCACCUGGGACUACUCGAGGACCGAUGCUGGCUUGGGAAACUGGGACACGGAGAGCUGCCAAACCCUGGAGACCCUCCCGGCGCACACCAAAUGCCAGUGCCGCCGGCUCGCCACCUUCGCCAUCCUCGCACAGCUGCCCAGAGACCUGGCCAUGGACCCCUCGGGCAGCCCAUCGGUGCCGCUGAUGAUCGGCUGUGCUGUGUCCUGCAUGGCCCUGCUGACACUGCUGGUGAUCUAUGCUGCGUUCUGGAGGUUCAUCAAGUCAGAGCGCUCCAUCAUUCUGCUCAACUUCUGCGUCUCCAUCCUGGCCUCCAACGUCCUCAUCCUCGUGGGGCAGACCCAGAUGCUCAGCAAGGGGGUGUGCACCAUGACGGCCGCCUUCCUCCACUUCUUCUUCCUCUCAUCCUUCUGCUGGGUGCUGACGGAGGCCUGGCAGUCCUACCUGGCGGUGAUCGGCCGCAUCCGGACACGCCUGGUCAGGAAGCGCUUCCUGUGCUUGGGAUGGGGUUUGCCAGCACUUGUGGUUGCCGUCUCCGUUGGCUUCACACGGACCAAAGGCUAUGGGACGGCAAGCUACUGCUGGCUCUCACUGGAGGGCGGUCUGCUCUACGCCUUCGUGGGACCCGCAGCCGUCAUUGUGCUGGUGAACAUGCUGGUGGGCAUCAUCGUCUUCAACAAGCUCAUGUCCCGCGACGGCAUUUCAGAUAAGUCCAAAAAGCAGCGAGCUGGCUCGAAGCCCCCCCCCUGCGGCAGCCUGCUGCUGAAAUGCACCAAGUGCGGCGUGGUGUCCAGCGCGGCCAUGACCUCCGCCACCGCCAGCAGUGCCAUGUUAGUGCCCGCCACGCGCCCGCUGCGUCCCCACCCCGAGCACAGCCUGUACCGG